GAGUACAGAGAACUCCAUGCUCCUCCAUACGUCUAUGUGUGACAAGAUGGGAGUGUUAUUUACUCCGUACUCAAGGAACCACUCAUCAACCUUCCCCUACUCGAUGAUUUGGUAACUGCUAUUAGCCUGAUAUUUGAUUCUUGUACGAACAUAGCGGCGAAAUUAGAGUCGUUGAGAGAAUGCAAGGUUGUUGAGUAGCGAUACGAAGCUACUUCCUUGUCCGAUAUCAUGCAGGACCCGGGUUAUCGAUGAGUCAAGAUACACCAAAAUAGGUACCCUAGCGGCCUUCGAGAGGGCGUUGUUCCUCUCUUCUCUACCGCUGUCUCUAUACCUCUGGCCUACCUGUGGCAUCAGGCUGACUCGAAAGCUGCGGACUGCUGGUCGACUGGAAAGACCCCCUCCCCGUGGUAUUUGCAGCUGGAAAUCGCCACGACUUUACACUGCACUGCUUUGAACACUCUUAAACUAGACAGGACGCCAUGGAUAAACUUCCAAUUGAGCUAAUAGACCACUUCUGCUUAUUCCUGGACAAAACAUCUCUGCAGAACUUUCGUCUUACGUGCAAAGCCAUUGCUGGUAUCGCUGAGAAGCAGCUUUUCAACAACUUCGAAUUCCGACUCUAUCCAAAACCAGGCCGCCUACAUCAAUUCGGACAACUGGCAUACAAGACAACCAUCGCAUCUCGCCUGGAAUGUCUUUCAUUCGAAUCUGGCAUACCCCUUGAGUAUGCUGACUACAAAUACUGGCAGGCCGAUAUAUCUACGGAAGGACUUCGUGCGUGGACGCGUAACUGGGCCAUCACAGGGGACAAGCGUGCUGGGUAUCAUUUGUUCCACGAGGGUCUUCAAUCUCGAUUCGCCCCCGACUUCCCGAGUCGAUACCAAGCCUUGAGGUGGCAUCUCGAUCAACAAGCUGCUUUGGUUGCCGAACCAUCCGUCAGGGACGAUCUGGCACGGACGCUCAACCUCCUCAAACAAUCUUGUCCUAGCUUGACCUUCAAGCUGAUUAUGGACGAGCCCCAAAUCAAGCUCGAGGACCUUGAGAACUUCAGGCCAGAGGAGUGUGCGAGCCAGGGCCCAUCCAAUCCUGAUCCCCGUCUGCGCAUCGCCAACCGGCGACGGCACUGCCUCGAACACUUUAUGAAUUUCCUAGAUGCCGCGAAUUUGUCGGAUUUCGGUCUGGAUGAACUCGUAGCUAUUGAUAUGCCUCAUGAAUUGCUUACAGUUAGUGCCCGGAAAGAGGUAUUAUCACGAGUCUUUUCGCACGUGAAACGGCUUGACCUCAAGAUCAGUGCUUUCCCUCACAGCGAUUGGCUUUCUCGGACUGGGAUCAACGAUAUAUAUGUGAAUGGAAGAAACACUGCAGCCUUGAAAUUGAAAACACUGUUAGGAGAGACGUCGGAACUCGAUUCGCUGAGGCUUGAGUUCCCUAUUGGUAAUGCCGCAGAAUACUCAAUUGAGCUUUUUGAUGGAACAAACCUAGAUCCCUGUCCUCGGUUGUGGCUCAGCGGGCUGCGGGUGCUAAGUCUAUCUUGUUUUGAGUGCAAAUGGAAUGAUCUCGAAAAAUUUCUCGCCGAUGGUCGAAACCUCGAGUCCCUGACGAUGAAGGACGGCCGAUUGGAAAAUGGAUCCAUGCUCGACUUGCUCGACUAUCUCUCCUGGCGUCGUUUCCCCAAGGUUGAGCUUUGGGGUGUUUGGCACGUCCAGCAGGACAUGGGUCACUGGCAUAGCCACUCUGAGGAAGAUUUCAACAUAUGUUCUAAGGCAACCUCGUUUGAAGGACCAUAUGCCUCCUAUGGUCUGCGGUCGGAAGUGCAGGAGUAUAUUCAUGGAGGGUCAAAGUGUCCGUUCCCUCGCUGGACUGCCGACCAUAGCCCUGUAUCCGAGUGGGAGAACCUCAGCGACACAAGCUGGCAUUUUGUUGCCGGUAUAUAAUGUGUGUUACCGCCCAACGACUUCAGGAGGUUCGUUGGUGCCAGAAUCAAACAUCAGACCACAGGACAGCCACUACAAUCAAUUGAUCCCGAGGAACGUAAAGUGACACAGUACGUUACCGAUAUCACCUGCCGGCAAGAUCGAUCACUUUAAACAACACAAGGCCAAUGAGAUUGAAGUAGCAAUUACCCUUAUAGGUUAAUGUCCGCCCGCAAUGGAGGUCUGACUCGAGUGACUGACAAGUCGGGAAGACGAGUAGUGGAGAGUUUCUCUGAAG